GGCUCGUCCUAGGCUGCAUUAAAGCUGGAGCUGCCGCAGCUGCACACACAUCAAAGACUCUCCUCCUCCACCACCUCCUCCUCCUCCUCCUCCUCCUCACUGCAGCUCCUACCGACGGAGGCUCUCCUGGAUGGUGGAGCCAUUUCUUCUUUCACACACAGAGGGAUCGGUGUCCGGUCUACAUAACGGGAUAUAUAAACGGACAUACGGUGGAUUUCAGCCGUCUACGUCGAGCCGCGUCGAGACGAUGCACUGAGGAGAAGACUGCACAGGCUCCCCGGUUGUGUUGAUCCUGAGGCUGCAGUGAGCGGAGGGGGGAUUGCGGUACAAGGUUAAUAAUCGGCAUCGGUGCAGGUCCUCUGUGUGAGCGGGGACCGGCUGUAGAGGGUGAUUCUUGCCCCUGUGCGGGGGGAUCGGCGGAGAAAUAUAGAUCUGUGAAAAUUAUGGCCACUCUACUGCGGAAGAUCGGUCUGAUCCGCCUGCACGACCGAGACACCGAAGACCCAAAGCACCAUCAGGGCUCACUAAAGGGGACCAAAGGGAACCAGAAAAACAACGCCAACAAACACUGUCAGACCGCCAACGAAACCAACAUCCUGAGCACCCCGGAGAUUAAGGCGAGGAAGCUGGACCAGCUCGGCAAGGACAAGCCGUCCGGCAAGGAUAAGCAGGGCAAGGAUGCAAAGGAGAAGCAGCAGACGGGAGGAGGCGGGAGUAAAGCGACCAGUGCCUCCUCCAUACCACCGCUGGCGCCUCACCGGCAACACUGCACCCAGGUCCGGACGCGGAGGCUGAUGAAGGAGCUACAGGAGAUCAGGAGGUUAGGGGACAACUUCAUCACGGUGGAGCUGGUGGAGGACAACCUGUAUGACUGGAACGUCAAGCUGCACCAGGUGGACAAGGACUCGGCACUGUGGCAGGACAUGAAGGAGACCAGCACCGAGUUCAUUCUGCUCAACGUCACCUUUCCCGAUAAUUUCCCCUUCUCGCCGCCGUUUAUGCGGGUCCUGACGCCACGGUUGGAGAACGGCUACGUGCUGGACGGCGGGGCCAUAUGCAUGGAGCUGUUGACCCCCCGCGGAUGGUCCAGCGCCUACACGGUGGAGGCGGUCAUGAGGCAGUUUGCGGCCAGCCUCGUAAAAGGACAGGGGCGUAUAUGUAGGAAAGCAGGGAAGUCCAAGAAGGCUUUCAGCCGUAAGGAAGCCGAGGCCACCUUCAAGUCCCUGGUGAAGACCCACGAGAAGUACGGCUGGGUGUCCCCGCCCGUGUCCGACGGCUGAUCGCCGGGCCGCCGGCCCUCCGACCCCCGCGCUAGCCGGACAAACCCCAGCUAGCCCCGACACGCAAAACGACACACCACGCUAACUCAACAAUCUCCCAUCUUCACCUUUUGCUGUUUCACUCAGAGUUUUUUUUUUUCUUUUUUGUUUUGUGUGUCUGUGUUAUUAUAUUUUGGAUUUUUUUUUUUUUUUUUUUGUCCUCACCUCCACCAAAACUCUCGGAGAGCAGACACGCCGCCAUCAUCGUCUCUCCCCCACCAAGAGGUGACUUUGGUUCCCCUCCCUCUCGCCCAGGGAGAUUCUUUCCCCCAUUUUGGAAAGACCUGAGAGGGAGGUGUAUGUGUGUUUGUUGUCACUCCAUCGGACAUCAGCUGGGAGUGUGUGUACGUGCGUUUGAGUGUGUGUUACUGUCGGUGGAUUUUUUUUUUUUUUUUUGUCUUAACGCACACCCAUGCACGUACAGGAUCAAUCGGACAGUGUGGACUUUUCCACCCGUGUGAAAGACUACUGAAUGAAGGAGACUCAUCCCCCUCUCCUCUCCUGUCCUCGCCAUCCCAUCCUCCCCUCCCUCCCCGUCCCUCCUUCCCCUUCUUCUCUACGGCACUGAACUGGCGUCACUCCCACCGUCUCUCUCUGUAGCUGUCGGGUCAUUUACAUAUAAAUGAAGCUGUUAAUGUUUAAUAGACGGGCAGCGCACUGGCGUUUAUACUCACUCAUUCACUCCUUCAUUUCCUCUUUCUUUCGACUGUGCCGUUGCUCACAGUUCAAUGCAACAUGAAGAUUGUAAUUUACAUGGAGCUGUGCUCUCUCUGUCUCUUUACUCGAUCUCUUUCUUUAGCUUGCUCGUUCACUUUGUUUCUCUGUCCUUCUCUCCGUCUCUUGUGGCUAAAUUUAGAGCUCACUGUUGCGUAGAUGGAUAUUGAUUUCUAAUGGAGGAAUACAACGUCACAUGUUGCUUUAUGCAGAGACUAUGUAUGAAACAUAGAAUGACAGUCAGUCACCUCUUUUUCUCUCUCUACUCUCAUGUUAUCUUGUGUGUGUGUGUGUGUGUGUGUGAGAGAGAGAGUGUGUGUGUGUGUGUGUGUGUGUAGGAGAGGAAGAAGACUGUAAUUCCCAUGAUUUAGAUACCAGAUGGUACAGCUGAAGGCCAGGCCUCAGUGUGUGUAUGUGUCUGCGUGUAUGUGUGUGCGUGUGAACAAGGGAGACAACCCUUUAAACAGAGAAGAAUAUGAUUUACUGUGAAUGACACUAAAGCCUAAAGGGAGUGCUGAUUUGUUUUGUUUUUCCGCUGAAUUACUCGUCGCCGUCUUGUUCCACUCUCUCUGUCAGCUCCUGAUUAUUAGUACUGUAAACACACGUGUGGUUGUGACUGAAUAUCUCGUCUGUCUCUCUCCGAUCCAUGUGAAAAACUAAAGGUCAGUAGAAUAUACGCUUCGGACGUUUAGCUAAGCUCCAGACGCACACACACACACGUAAGCUCGCCCACACACUUGUGCGUACACCUGCAGCCUUGACGCCUGCGGUAACACCCAGAAAUGAAGACAGAAAGGGGCUCGAGCGCCGCCCUAGAUGGAGCGGUGCUUUAAAUACGCCUCAGAGCCCUCCUGAUUGAUGUCUGCUGAGAGAGGAGGCAGUAGGGAGAGGAGAAGAAGAAUAGAGGGAGAGGAGGGAGGCUUUGAUCACUACCGACUGCUUUCUGGAAAUGUCAGGUGGCUUGCAAAAUGGCCGAAGACAUAUUAUUUGCUCUGCCUGCUGCGAUUACUUAAGAGACACACACUUCCUGAGUUCCAACCUUUAAAAGGACUUUAUGAAUAUCUAAUAUUAAGUCUGCGGUUGCAGCAGCGUCAGUGUCAAUCAAUCAGACGCCUACUAGCCACAGACUAUCUGUCCGUCCAAUCCAGCGGGCUCCUUGUGUGUUUGUUUUGCUAUCUGCCAGCUGAAUGUCAGAGGGAAAGCUGCUAAUUGGUCUGACAUUUCAGCGGAGCGUCGUUAGAGAAGAGCAGCUGAGAGCAGAAGGAUGGAGGACGUCAAACCUCCCGCUCGGCACUGACAUUUUGUCACUUUCCGCUCCUGGUCUGUGUUUCGGGGGGAAGAGGGAAGGGCAGACAGGGGGGUUAGGUGAGGAGAGACAGGGGUGUAGGAGCAUCUCGAUGCCAGUCAGCUCUCUGCAGGCCCCACCCGUGAUCCUGGAGCAGGAUGUUUAAACCGCUGAGCUGAAGCCGAGCCGCUGCCAGCAUGCCGCGUUUGGACUUCGAUAACAAAUGCCCGUCUGUGUGUGAGUGCACGUGUGAGCAAAUAUGUACACUCCCAUCAUAAAAAAAGGCAAAAGAGUAAAAAAGUAAAACAACACACCAUCUGGUAUGUGAUCAUGUACGAAAGCGUCUUUGAAUUUGGCUCGUCAUUUCAGGGUGGAUGGUUUAGUGAUCUCUCGGCUCGUCAGCGGAGAAAACUGUAAACUGAAUUAUUACUAAGACAAAAUAUCUCAAACGCUGAGUGUUUGCUGGUUUCAAGAGAAUAAUUUUGUGAUAUAGUUUAGAUUGGUAGUUUGCAGACACUAACUGGGUGAACUGAUUAUGUUGUAUUAUAUCUGCAUGUGAUAUGUGAUUGGUAGCUAGCUACUGUAUAUCUUUUUUCAAGAAAAGCAAGAAAAAACAUGGGAAAAACAACAAUGCAAAUGCUUCUCUUUUCUUGGUCUUUUACUUUUCUCUCUUUCUUUCGGGGUUCUGUAUUGUACGUAUAUUUCUUUUUCUUUCGAAGCGUCCUAAAAAGAAAAUGUCACAUUGUGUUAUAUGAAUGUUUGUGUUUUAAUUUAUUUGUGGUUUGCCAAAAUGAAGAUUUGAAGCAUGUUGCAGGUAUUGUCACAAGAAAAUGAGAAGAAAAAAACAAACAAACUAAGAAUGAUAGCCUAUGUAUUUGUGUGAUGGGGGAAGGUGUGUUUAUUUGGGGGGAUUUCAGGGAGUUAAGACGGACAGAAGGUUGCAAAGCCUCAAGAUUAUAAAAGGGAGUUUUCUUCAUUGGGAGUGCAUCAAAGUGGAAUUGAGAAAAUUCCUGCGCUCCCCUGAACACUUCCUAGUCCCCUCCAUGAUGUCACUACUGUCCCUUCCCCAUUGGUCCCGCUCUAAGACAGUGAAUUGGCUUAUGGGUAAUGCAGUCAACACAAAGAUCUGGACUGAAGUGUUCCCCAGUCGCAGAUCAAGGAUCAGUAUGACCUCCCUAUGCUUCAAAUCUCACUUGUAAAGGGAAUGUGCACAUCUGACCUGUGAUCAGUUACUCUGGGCGACUUUAUCCCACUCCUGACUUGAGUGUUUGGUCGAGACCGAGGUCUUAAAAGUUCAAAAGGUGAAAGGUCGUUGCAAGACCAAACAGGAAUGUGCAAUAAAAGUUACAGCUUAUUCAAA